AUGCAUCAGAAUUCCGCCUUGUUGCUGCUGGCAGCCAUCCCAGCGACGUAUGCCGCCGUCCCUGCCUGGGGUCAGUGCGGCGGUUCGGGCUAUAGUGGCGAAACCACUUGUGUAUCUGGUUAUACCUGCGUGACUGUAAACCAAUGGUACUCCCAAUGCCAGCAAGGAUCCGCAGGUCCCACCACCACGCUCGCCACAGUCACAAGCACGGGCAGCGGCACCACGCCGAGCUCGACCUCUGGCAGCAUCGAUGCCAAGUUCAAGGCCAAGGGAAAGAAGUACUUUGGCGUGGCGACGGACCAGGGCCGACUCACGAGCGGGCAGAACGCGGCCAUCAUCAAAGCCGACUUUGGCCAGGUCACGCCGGAGAACAGCAUGAAGUGGGACGCCACCGAGCCUUCACGCAACACGUUCACCUUCACGACGGCCGACUACCUGGUUGAUUGGGCGACGACCAACGACAAGCUGAUCCGUGGCCACACGACCGUCUGGCACUCGCAGCUGCCCAGCUGGGUCUCAAGCAUCACCGAUAAGGCCACUUUGACGACCGUCAUGCAGAACCACAUCGCCACCGAAAUGGGUCGCUGGAAGGGCAAGAUCUACGCUUGGGAUGUCGUCAACGAGAUCUUCAACGAGGACGGCUCAUUCAGGUCCUCGGUCUUCUACAACGUCCUCGGCGAGGACUUUGUCCGCCUCGCCUUCGAGGCUGCGCGCGCCGCCGACCCCAACGCCAAGCUGUACAUCAACGACUACAACCUCGACUCCGCCACCUACGCCAAAACCACCGGCCUGAUCUCCAAGGUCAAGGCCUGGCGCGCCGCCGGCGUCCCCAUCGACGGCGUCGGCUCGCAGUCGCACCUGCAAGCCGGGCAGGCCUCCGGCACCGGCGCCGCCAUGAAGGCCCUGUGCGCCGCCGCCGACGAGUGCGCCAUCACCGAGCUCGACAUCGUCGGCGCCGCCGCCGCCGACUACGUCGCCGCCACCAAGGCUUGCCUGGACGUCACCAACUGCGUCGGCAUCACCGUUUGGGGCCUGCGCGACCCGGAUAGCUGGAGGGCGAGCAGCACGCCGUUGCUGUUUGAUGCCGACUUCCAGCCGAAGGCCGCGUAUACCGCCAUUUUGAACAGUUUGUAG